CCUUCCGAGUUUUCCGACUUUCCCAUUGACCGCCUUCCCCUGUGGUGUGGUAUAUGGCGGGAAUAGGCACUCGAUUCGUUACGUUUGAAAUCUAUUUCUCUCUCUGGGGUUUUCAGAAGAUAUCGAUCAAGAUUGUGAACCUGUAGUGUUUUUCCAGAUUCGCGCUUGAACGCUGAUCGUAUUAUCCGGAAGGUGAUUGCCCUGCUGAUUCAAUGGACAAGAACUCCCACAAAGGCCCAGCUGUUUCAUUUACAAGUGGUUGUGAUAUUGUUACGACUGAUUCUGAGAAUCUUCUGGGAACGAAUAACUUGGGUACCCGGCUAGAUGAUAUAAGCACUAACAAGAAAAAAAGAGUUUCACGGAUUAUAGAUGGGGGACUUCGUGAAUUGAGCAUCAUAGUUUGUAAGAAGGUUGAGAGCAAGGGAAGAACCACAUACAGUGAGGUUGCAGAUGAAAUUAUAGCAGAAUCUGCCUCAAAACGUGAUAAUUCCGUUUCUUUAGAUGAGCAGUUUGAUGAGAAGAACAUACGGCGACGGGUCUACGAUGCGAUAAAUGUCCUUAUGGCACUGAAUAUUGUCACUAAGGACAAGAAGGAAAUCCAGUGGAAGGGACUCCCCUGUACGGACACAAAGGAUCUAGAAGGUCUAGAGAGAGUGCGGAUCAAGCUUAUAAAUGCGAUCCAAAAGAAAGCAGCCUACUUGCAAGAUUUGGAAGGACAAAUUGUAGGUAUCCAGAACCUGAUUCGGCGCAAUCAACAGAUGGACAUGUCUGGAAUUUCCUCGGAAGGGUUUUCUUUGCCUUUUAUAUUGGUCCAAACGCGUCCACAUGCUACAGUUGAAAUUGAGAUCUCUGAAGAUAUGCAGCUGGUGCACUUUGACUUUAACAGCACGCCUUUUUCCUUGCAUGAUGAUGCAUACAUUCUCAAGUUAAUGCAGUAUUACGACUUGCCGGGGAGGAGAUGUGCCACGUAGAGAACAGUGUCUCACUCAUCUUCAGGUUCUGAGCUUCUGGCAUUGUAGAGAAGUACCUGGACCCCAUAACAUUCCAGAAUUUUGAAAUUGGAUUAUAGUUUUCGGGUGAAAUCGAAGGGGCAUGUAAAUGUUUAUAUUUUGCUGCUCUUAAGUUUUGCAGUUUGAUAGAAGGGGCUUGUAAAUUAUAUGCUACCUUUUGCAUAUAUAUAUGCUAUAAUAGGCUGUAGCCAUGUGGGAAA